AUGAGUGCCAGCAUCGAGACCAAGACCCUGCCCAGCGGCGCCAAGAUCCCCAUUGUUGGACUCGGUGUGUUCCAGUCCGAGCCAGGCGCCGAAACCUACAACGCCGUGCUCUCCGCUCUCAAGCAGGGGUACCGCCACAUCGACACUGCCCAGUACUACCAGAACGAAGCUGACGUCGGUCGCGCCAUCAAGGACUCGGGUACCCCCCGUGAGGAGGUCUUCGUGACCAGCAAGCUGUUCGUCCAGCACUGGGGCUACGAGAAGGCUCUACAGACGACCAAGGUCAGCAACGAGAAGCUGGGACUCGGCUACAUUGAUCUCUACCUCCUCCACGCCCCCGGUGACGUUGCCACCCGUGACGAGACGUGGCGCGCUCUCGAGGAGCUCCAUGAGCAGGGAAUCUUGAAGGACAUUGGUGUGUCCAACUUCAGCGAGGCUCACCUCGAGAAGCUGCUCAAGACGGCCAAGGUCAAGCCCGCAGUGAACCAGGUGGAGCUGCACCCGUGGCUGACGCGCACGUCGCUGGUCAAGUACUGCAAGGACAACGGCAUCUUGCUGGAGGCCUAUUCCCCACUGGCGAAGGCUGUGAAGCUCGCGGAUCCGACGCUGAACGAGAUCGCCAAUGAGGUGGGCGCUACUCCCGCCCAGGUGCUGGUGGCCUUCAGCCUCGCCAACGACUUCAUCACGCUGCCCAAGUCGGUGAACCCCGAACGUCAGAAGGCCAACCUGGAAGCUGCCAACGUCAAGCUCACGCCUGGGCAGGUCGAGAGACUCGCGGCGCUGGACGAGUACCUGGUCACCGGCUGGGACCCGAUCAAGGACCACGCUGUGUAA